AUGGCCCAGCGCCCGGCCGGCGACGGAGCGGCCCCGCUGAGCGCCCGCCGCCUCUUGCCCUGCGCCAUCCUGGCGGGGAUGCUGCUGCUGCCGCUGCUGCAGGCGGGCCGGAGCUGCUCCACGCCCUGCUUCUGUUUCGCCACGCCGGACACCCUCCAGUGCCGCCUGGUCCGCCUGCUGGAGCCGCCGCCCGAGCUGCCCGCCGCCGUCCACAACCUCUCCAUCACGGGCGGCAACUUGACGGUUUUACGCACGGCCGCCUUCUCCGGAGGCUGGGCAGACGGCGAGGCCGCGCGGCCGCUGGCCAACCUCACCCUGCUGCUGUUGACCCACGACCACAUUGAGGCGCUGGAGGAGGCGGCCUUCGCCGGCCUGCCCGCCUUGGCCACGCUGGACCUGAGCCACAACCGCCUGCGCUCCGUCGCGCCGGGCGCCUUCGCCGGCUGUGCGCAAUUGCGCACGCUGAGACUCAACCAGGCGCUGCCGGCGGCGCGGGACGCGCGGGCGCUGGAGGAGCUGCUGGACGGCGCCCUGGUCAACUUGAGCCUGACCCGCUUGGAGCUGGCCGGCAACCGCCUGCGGGAGCUGCCGCCCUGGACCACGCUGCCGUCGGGCCUGCUCCACCUGGACGUGCGCAACAACUCGCUGCAGGCGCUGCCGCCCGAGCAGCUCGACGGCUUGGCCGCGCUGGGCCCGCUGCGCCUCCACCUGGGCUCCAACCCGCUGCGCUGCGAUUGCGCCUCGCUGCGCCCCUUGCUGGUGUGGCUGCGCAACGCCACCGGCCGGCCCGCCGGCGACAAGAGCCUCCACUGCGCCUCCCCGCGGCACCUGCGGGGCUGGCCUGUGUUCCGCCUCCGCGCCUCGCAGCUGGGCUGCCGGGACGGGGCGGACCUGGGGCUGCCGGAGGACGGCGGCCAGCCCAGCGAGCCGGAGACGGCCUCCUACGUCUUCUUCGGCAUCGUCCUGGCCCUCAUCGGCGUGGUCUUUCUCAUGGUGCUCUACCUCAACCGGAAGGGCAUCAAGCGGUGGCUCAGCAACCUACGGGAGGCCUGCCGGGACCAGAUGGAGGGCUACCAUUACCGCUACGAACAGGACAGCGACCCACGGCGGGCCAGCCCCGGCGACCUCUGAGGUCCUGUGGGCAAGCCAAGGCAUGGCAACUUGUGAUGGGA